GCAGAACAAAAUUUUAAAAAACAAAACCAAAAAACAGAAGAGGAGAGAUGCUGCAGACUAUGGAACGCUGUAGGACUUUCUGAAACAUUUCCUGGGGAUUCCGGUGGAGCAUGAUCUUUUAAAACCAAUUCUUUUUGAAGCCGGUUUGGGUAACUGGGAAAAUGACACAUAUGCUAAAUGCAGCAGCUGAUCGAGUGAAAUGGACCAGAUCGAGCGCUGCUAAAAGGGCUGCCUGCCUGGUGGCUGCGGCAUAUGCUCUGAAAACCCUCUAUCCCGUCAUUGGCAAGCGUUUAAAGCAAUCUAGCCACAGGAAGAGAAAAGAAGCAGCUUACCCGGCUGCAGAGAACAGAGAAAUACUGCAUUGCACCGAGACCUCUUGUAAAAAACCUUCGCCUGGAGUGAAUGCAGAUUUUUUCAAACAGCUACUAGAACUUCGGAAAAUUCUCUUUCCAAAACUUGUGACCACUGAAACCGGGUGGCUCUGCCUCCACUCAGUGGCUCUAAUCUCAAGAACCUUUCUGUCUAUCUAUGUGGCUGGUCUGGAUGGAAAAAUUGUGAAAAGCAUUGUGGAAAAGAAGCCUCGGACUUUCAUCAUCAAAUUAAUCAAGUGGCUUAUGAUUGCCAUCCCUGCUACCUUUGUGAACAGUGCAAUAAGGUAUCUGGAGUGCAAAUUGGCUUUGGCCUUCAGAACUCGCCUAGUAGACCAUGCCUAUGAAACCUAUUUUACAAAUCAGACUUACUAUAAGGUGAUCAAUAUGGACGGGAGGCUGGCAAACCCUGACCAGUCUCUUACUGAGGAUAUUAUGAUGUUCUCCCAAUCUGUGGCUCACUUGUAUUCCAAUCUGACCAAACCUAUUUUAGACGUAAUCCUGACCUCCUAUACGCUCAUCCAGACUGCUACAUCCAGGGGAGCAAGCCCAAUUGGGCCCACCCUAUUAGCAGGGCUUGUGGUAUAUGCCACGGCUAAAGUGUUGAAAGCCUGCUCUCCCAAAUUUGGUAAAUUGGUGGCUGAAGAAGCUCAUAGAAAAGGAUAUUUGCGGUAUGUGCACUCCAGAAUUAUAGCCAAUGUUGAAGAAAUUGCCUUUUACAGAGGACAUAAGGUAGAAAUGAAGCAACUCCAGAAAAGUUACAAAGCUUUAGCAGAUCAGAUGAACCUCAUUUUAUCCAAACGUUUGUGGUACAUCAUGAUAGAGCAGUUCUUGAUGAAGUAUGUUUGGAGCAGCAGUGGACUAAUUAUGGUGGCUGUACCUAUUAUCACUGCAACUGGCUUUGCAGAUGGUGAUCUAGAGGAUGGCCCCAAACAAGCUAUGGUUAGUGAACGGACAGAAGCCUUUACCACUGCUCGAAAUUUAUUGGCCUCUGGAGCUGAUGCUAUUGAAAGGAUUAUGUCUUCCUACAAAGAGAUCACUGAAUUAGCAGGCUAUACUGCUCGAGUGUACAAUAUGUUUUGGGUCUUUGAUGAAGUAAAAAGAGGCAUUUAUAAGAGAACUGCUGUCGUGCAAGAGUCUGAAAACCAUAGCAAGAAUGGAGCUAACAUAGAAUUACCCCUCAGCGAUACGUUGAAAAUCAAAGGAAAAGUUAUUGAUGUGGAUCAUGGAAUUAUUUGUGAAAAUGUUCCCAUAAUUACCCCAACGGGAGAAGUGGUGGCUUCCAGGCUAAACUUCAAAGUACAAGAAGGAAUGCAUCUUUUGAUAACUGGUCCCAAUGGUUGUGGGAAAAGUUCUCUCUUCAGAAUUUUAAGUGGGCUCUGGCCUGUGUAUGAAGGAGUCCUCUAUAAACCACCUCCCCAACAUAUGUUCUAUAUUCCACAGAGGCCAUACAUGUCUCUUGGAAGUCUUCGGGAUCAAGUCAUUUAUCCUGAUUCAGUGGAUGACAUGCAUGAUAAAGGCUACACAGACCACGAUCUGGAAUGUAUUCUACACAAUGUCCACCUCUAUCACAUAGUUCAAAGAGAAGGAGGAUGGGAUGCUGUUAUGGACUGGAAAGAUGUCCUAUCAGGAGGAGAAAAGCAAAGAAUGGGCAUGGCUCGCAUGUUUUAUCAUAGACCAAAAUAUGCAUUGCUGGAUGAAUGUACCAGUGCUGUCAGCAUUGAUGUGGAAGGAAAGAUAUUUCAGGCUGCAAAAGGGGCCGGAAUUUCCUUACUGUCUAUAACACACAGGCCUUCUCUUUGGAAAUACCACACUCAUUUAUUACAGUUUGAUGGUGAAGGAGGUUGGCGCUUUGAACAAUUGGAUACUGCUAUCCGUUUAACACUGAGUGAAGAAAAGCAAAAGCUAGAAUCUCAGCUAGCUGGGAUUCCCAAAAUGCAGCAGAGACUCAAUGAACUAUGUAAAAUUUUGGGAGAAGACUCUGUGCUGAAAACAAUCAAAAAUGAAGAUGAGACAUACUAAUUUGUUUUGACAUAUUUUAAAAGUUAAUUUUUAGGUAAAGGCUCAGAGACACUCUGUUAUAGUGCAUGCAUUGUGUUAAGCUAAGCACAGAGAAAAAAAGGCAGCAAGAAAUGUUUUAUGAGAUUUUAGCGUCAAGGAAAUAUAUGGUCUGUCAGAAAAAAAUAAACAAAAUGUGCUAUGUAAGAUUAGUCAUUAUGGCUUAUACUAUUUCCUAGUGAAAGCCUAAUUCACCUGUAAAACAGGAUUUUCUAGGUGAAUUCAUGAUGAAUACCAGAUUUACUAUGUGUAUGUGAUGUGCCUAAAGUUCUUAACAAACACGGGAGAUAUCUUGAGAAUGGAACAACUGAGGAGCAGCAUUUUAGUUGAAACCAGGUACAGAGAACUAGAAGUUUGAGUAACAUUUCAGUCCAUUUAUGGUCAUUAGGUUUAAUAGCUAGAAUUCAUGUUCAUCAUUGCUAGUGGUCAACUAAACCUGUAUACAAAAUAGCUGACAGUUUGAUAAAUAAUUUCAAUAUGAAAAAAAUUCUUUUAAUGGCAGUGGUUGAAAGAAAGAAGCAUGGCUAUACAUGUAUAAAAUGCCAUAUUUUUUUAAUUUUAGAUUUUGAGCAUCUUAAUGUGGGCAUAUAAAUUAGCUUUAUGAGAAUCUUACAUAUUUGUUCACAAGCUCUUUCAUUUUAAAAAGAGAAUUGCCAAUAUAGAAAAGGAGUAUCCAAACAAUGUUUGUCUCAGCUUUACUUUACUUGGAAGCAUUAUCUAUUGCAACUUUUGUCCAGAAAUACUCGGCUUGUUUUUGUGCUCCAAGGAGGAGUCCACCACCUUUUUAAAAUAGCAGUGCUAUAACAGAAUACAGGGAUUCUCCAAAUCACAGUAGUAAUAUCAUACAUUGGAAUAAGACUUUAUAAUUUCAAAUCCUCAUUUACAUCCUUUCAUUUUAAUCCUUGUGACAAUCUUUUGAGGUAGAUAUUAUUUUUCUAGCUUGUUUUUGAGAAAAUGUACACUCAGACUUGCCCUAAUUAUGCAGUUUAUUUAGGGACAGAUCCAGGGAUCAAAUGAAGUUCCCCUGAUUCCCUGGUUCAGUGCUACUUCCACUAUCAUCCUUGAAAUCUAACUGGGCUAUAAUAUCAAUAAAAGUUAGAUGAGCUGUUGAAAAGAAAAUAAAUUUGGUAAUGUUAGUGUUACAGUUAUUUGGUUAUCAUUUGCAAGAUAUAGAAAUUAAGUACAAAGUGGAAAGGCCAUUGGUCUGUGGUUUAAAAUUAGCCAAGAAAGUUAGCAAAUCUUUCAGCAACUCUGCACUUGUACUCAAUAUAAAUAUACCUCUACAGCCAGCAAUGAAAAGGGGAAUUAAUUGUGAUAGGUAAAUUUAAUAUUUAUUGAACAUAGUAAGAAAGAAUCUGUAUGGAAUAGUUUUAGGAAAUAAAUCUUAUCUCUUUAUGUGCCCUGAAGCUGGAAGUACAAUAGCCAAGACUGGCAUUUUAAUCUCCUACUGCCUAUGCUACCAUGUUGAUAGGCCAGGAAAAAUGGGAAUGAUCAGUUGUUAAUGAUUUAGGAUUUUAUUUGCAUUAUUAGACACAGCCAUAAUGGAUGCUAAGUCAGUGAUUCUCAGACUUUUUUAGGCGGUAGAGUACCAGGAAGUCAUUCAUGACGACUGGAAUAGAACAUCAUGACAUUUUCACCUUUUCAAUUCUGCCAUGCUAACGAGGACAUUUUUAAUCAUCAAUAAAUGUAACCAUCUUACAUGAAGAAAUGCAAUAUAAAAUGAUAAUCAGUACAUACGUCUAAGUUUUUCUGUUAGUAUCAUUAGCUACUCAUUUAUUCAUUUGUCAGUUACCACUACUUCCUAUUAGAAAAGUAGGCAGGUAUCAAAGGUUAAAAAAAAAUGUGUGGAACCAAAACUUAAACUUGAUAAAAAUUAUCCAUUAAUCUUAACUUCUAUAUUAGCAGCUUUCCAGUUUAUACUGCUGUAGGGAAAAGUCUGAGGCAAGUGUCUUAAGUUAACUUUUAAAGAUGCAGGAAGAAAAUGAAAAGUCCUCAUUUGUAACAUGUGCAUAAUUUUCAUAAUUUGAAAAAUAAAGCAUUUAGGAACCAAUAUAUUGUAUUUUGAAACUUUAAAGGAAUGCCAAAACAAAUAUUAGAUUUGUAAUUAGCCCUCACUUAAUAUAUCCUAAAAAUGAGCUGAAGUAAAUAAGACUUACUAUUUAUAAUGUACAGGAGUCAGGGACAUUUAAAAUUAUGUACUAAAAGCUAUACACACUGCAAUUUAAAUGUUAGAGUUCUAAGAAGAACAUGUUUUCCAUGAGCCUUUUUGUGCCUACUUAUUUGCUGAAUUUUAUUCCAGGACCAAUGUCCUCUAACUUGGAGGGGAAAAAAAUUUGGGAUUUGAAUUUGUGUUUAUGUUCCAUUUAACUGUUUUCAAAAUGGUCCAAUGAGUAUACCAUAUUCUACUAUUCUUAUAGUUGUAUUUUAUGAAAAACGUGAACAAGAUUGAGAAACCAAAUAGCCAUCUUUGAAUAUAGCAAGAAAUAGGCAAGGAAAGGAAAGAGAAAGGAUAUUUCAAUUUUCAAACAGCUUUUACCAUGUUAUCUAUUUGCCCAAACUUUUGGCUUCUGUUUUUUGGGGUUUUGUUUUUGUUUUUUUUUUUUGGUCAAAGAAAGCUAUAAGUUUAUGGAGCUUGAUUUUUAAA